AAUUAAAUAAAAAGAAUAAAAUCCAAAACCUUCCAUUUCUAUAUUCCCUCCCUUCUUCCUCGGUUAUUGAAUUUUCUCUUCACGUUUUUCUUUCUUCAUCAUCAUCAUCUUGGUUGUCGUCAUCAUCACUUUUUACCUACGGUUACUUUCGUCGCUAUAUAUAUAACACAGUUUCGUUCUCGUUUUUUCAAUAUCACUCUUUUUCUAUACUCUCUUGUUUCUUCAUUACAUUGCGUUUUGUUUUUCGGUUUCAUGGAUUCGCGUGAACCACCACAUGCUCCUCCUCAUCACCCUCAGGGUCACCACUUUCAACCUCCGUCGAACGUUGUCUUGGUGGGACCCAAUCCGUUCACCAACACUGCCCCGACUACCAUGAUGGCACCUGCCACUGCUCGAUUCCCUCUCUUCAACAUGAACGCUAACCCUGCUAACCCUCCUCCUCAUUCCGAGCCUUUCACCACCAUUGCCACCACCACCACCACCACCACCAAUGUCAACACUGCCGCCACCACCAACACUGUUCCUCCUUCCACCUUGGUACCAUAUGUUGCUGGCUCCUCUGAGUCAUUCAAGAGAAAGAGGGGCCGGCCAAGGAAGUAUUUUCCUGAUGACAGCACUGCUCUUGGGUUGGGCUCGGGUUCGGGCUCUGGCUCGGGUUCCGGGCAGGCUCUUGCUAUGAACUCUCCUGACUCUUCAACUGCUAAGAAGAGUAAGAGGGGGAGAGGAAGGCCUCGUGGCUCUGUUAAGAAGAAGCUUGGAGAUAAUGGCUCUGCUUUCCAGCCUCAUGUGAUCAUGGUGAAUCAUGGAGAGGACAUUUCUGAAAAAGUUAUGGCCUUUAGUCAAGAAAGAGCGGCACCUGAUACGGAUAUGUGCAUUGUUUCUGCUGAAGGUUCGAUUGGCACGGUUGCCCUUCAUCAGGCGGGGAGCAUUGUGGUUUUUGAGGGCCAAUUUGAAAUUGUAUCCCUGACAGCCCAGUCAGUAGAAUCUGAUGACGGCAGUGGCAUUAAAAGAAUGAGUAGCUUGAAGGUAUCUGUAGGGGGUCCUGAUUCACGCCUUUUGGGGGGUGUAGUUGCUGAUAAGCUUGUUGCGGCAUCGACAGUAAAGGUCAUAAUGGGCUGUUUUACUUUGGAUGGCAAAAAGACUAGCUCGAACAAUCAGAAAUCUGGGCCGUCUUCAACCCCACCGUCCAAUUUUGCUGCUUCUGGGACUCCAACUAGCCCUACAUCUCAAGGGCCUUCAUCUGAGUCCUCUGGUGACCAUGAGAAUAGUCCUUUUACUCAGGGACCUGGAAUCUACAACAAUGCCAGUCAGGUCGAUCAAAACAUGAUGUUCCACCACCCGCAAAACUGGGCUCGCCAAACUCAGCAGUGAGACGAGCAGGCUUUUAGGUUCACCAUUGCAGAAGCAGGCUAUUUGCAUGGUGAUUGUUCAAAGUUGUGGCUUUAGGACUAGUAAUAAAAAUAACUGGGACAGGUUUUAGGGGAGUUUAUCGAUAUGUUUUUAUAUCUGUUUUUCUGCUUAUUAGGAUUUUCAAAUUAUUUAUGAUACAAUGCUAGCAAGCUCCGCUUCUGGUUAAUGAGCUUAUUGCGGUUUUGGAUCCGCUUGUGACAUGUUAGAAAUAUGAGUUAUGCACCCUCUCAUUGGAGCUACA